ACAAUUGACUGACAAAAAAUUAACAGUUUUAACAUAUUAAAUCCCAAAUGGAAAUAAUUGUGACGCUCAUGUUUGAAACUAUUUGAUUUACAUGACUUCAUUUUAAAUGUGCGAAAUAAUUGGCAAGGUCAACCUCAGGGAGAACGGUUCAACUUAUAAACCAUACCGAUUUCGAACACCUUUUAGUCGCAAUCAUGAAGCGGUUGAAUAUCACCAUCCUGCUACUUUUUACCAUCGGUUUGGUGACAGCAGCGAGGAAACAUCAGAAGCAGGAAAGUCGAGAUGACGAUGAGUACGAGGCUACAGAUCAGUGUCCUGAAAAGUAUGGAUUUUUCGCAGAUGCUGAACAAUGCGAUAAAUACUACGAAUGUAAUGACGGGCAAAUAACCGAAAAAUUGUGCCCCGAUGGCAUGGUUUUCAAUGAUUACAGCUCUGAGUAUGAAAAAUGCGAUUUGCCGUUCAAUAUCGACUGCACUUCCAGGCCGAAAUUGCAGGAGCCCCAGCCUAGCCAACACUGCCCCCGCAAGCACGGCUACUUUGCCCACGAAGACACCCACAUCUGCGACAAAUUCUACUACUGCGUCGACGGCAAAUUCAACAUGAUCACGUGCCCCAAUGGUCUAGUCUACAACGACAAAGCCGGAAUUUGCUCCUGGCCCGACGAAGCCAAGAAAAAAGGCUGUUCCUCCGAAGAGGUUUUCCAAUUCGAGUGUCCCAAGGUGAACGAGACGGUGGCCGCGACGCACCCUCGCUAUGCCGACCCCGACGACUGCCAAUACUUCUACGUCUGCAUCAACGGGGAUACUCCCAGGAGGAGUGGGUGCAAGUUGGGACAAGUGUUUGAUGAUGUUGGGAAAAAGUGUGAUUGGGUGAGAAAUGUCCCAGAAUGUGCCGAUUGGUACAAAGGUCGGUUGACUGACGAACAGUUGAAGGAGUUGGAGAAUCCACCUACACGUAAACCUAGACCUACUAAAGUCAGUAGAAGGAAGCCUAGGCCGCCGAGGCCCACACAAGUCGAAGAAGAAGAGGAGAAAUAGUCUAGGAAAUAAGUUAGUGGAAAAAUGCGAUUAUUUUAUGAUUGUGGUGGAAAACACCAGAUUGUACGUUUUGUUAGUUGCAUAAUUUAAGACGAAUAAAAUAUUUUCUAAAAUA